GAUGUAUUUAGCAGGUAUAUGUAUAUUAGUUGCCUUGUCAUUUAGAAGAAAGAUGUGGGAACAAACAUAUUGGAUUAGCUAUAGCAACAAACAUCAAGUUUCUUUCACCAAUCCACUGUCUUUAAUUUUUCCUUAGUUGUGUUACAGAGUAGGGUAUGUGCAUGUUCUUCCAUUUAGCUUCAUCUAAUAGUUUGAAAAUGACUUCUAUAGGACAAUACCAUGUGAUCCCUUGUCCCUCACUAGGCCCUAUCACAGCUCAUCAAAAUGCUUCCAUUGGCUGAUUGAUUUUGUAGAGUCCCUUGGCAACUAUAUAUACACCUAUUCAUUGUGUUCUCAAGCAACACAAGUCUUUUGCAUCCUAAAUUAUCAUAAUUCAAAUAAAUCUUUCUCAUCCAAAUCCUCUAACCAUAAAAAAAACAAUGGGUUUCCGCAUAGCAAAGCUUAUCAGAAAGCCAUCAUUUUCGUCAACACAAGCAUCUAGCAAGGGAUUUGAAGUGCCAAAAGGCUAUCUUGCAGUCUACGUUGGAGAUAAAAUGAGACGGUUUGUGAUUCCUGUAUCAUACUUGAACCAACCCUCAUUUCAAGAAUUACUAAAUCAAUCAGAAGAAGAAUUUGGAUAUGAUCAUCCAAUGGGUGGUCUUACAAUUCCGUGCAGUGAAGAUGAAUUCCAAAACCUCACUUCUCGCAUGAAUUGAGCUGUAGAUAUUAUGCUAACGGAGCUUUAGAUAGAUUAGUUGAGGCUAAUUUGCACAGAAUGCAAUUUUUUUCUGUUAUGAAUAUUUUUUUCAUUUUGUUUCUGCCAUGUAUUAAUCAUUCCUACAGAAACAAAAUGUUAGCUUAAUGAGAAUGUUAUGACAAAAUAUUGUAAAGUCAUAUUUUUUGGCUUUUACUAAACUUCAGCAAAUUCUAUGAUAUACAGCAGAAUCAUUAAUUUGUUA